AAAAUUUUAGUUAAAAGACCAUACAAAAUCAACAUAAUACAUGACAGUGAAAACAAGAACAGUCAGAAACUUGGAAAAUAACAGAUCUUACCUAAAUCCAUGCCGAAACUUCUCUUUGACUUGAAUUGGACAGCCAUACUCUCUCUCUCUCUCUGAUCUAUUCUCUCUUUGAUCUCUCUCUGCUCUAUUCUCAUUAGAUCUGAUCUCUCUUUUUGUUCUGUUGUAGAUCAAAGAAAUAGAGAGAGAGAAGAGUAAAGAUGCAUAGAUCAUCAAGCACAACUCGAGUCUCUGACGACUACUUAAAAUACCAUUCAUCGUCGUCGUCGGCGGCGUCGCCAUCGCCAGUUUUGAGAUCGUUGUCGUUGGAAGCGAAUGAGUUGCCUCAGUUGGAACCAAUGUCGGAGGCAUCAAAAAAAGAGAAGUCUCGUGUGAAGUUAGCUGAGAAUGCUAUCCAUCUCAUACCUUUCGUCUUGCUUCUCUGUGCCCUCAUUCUCUGGUUCUUUUCUAAUCCUGAAAUAAAUUUGCCAAUAAAACCAGACUCAAUAGCUGGGAGAAUAAAAGGAUUGACACUAGAAGGUGAAACUGAGGGAGAUAAUUCAGAAAUAGGGACGGUGGCAGGAAUCGACUUGGGAGAAUUAGAUCCAGGAAAACUAAUCGAAGAUCGCAAAGCUUCGUCAACUUCAGAUGACAAAUCCUCGUGAGGAGAAAGUCUUUUCUUUGCUUGUCUUAGUUCUUUCAAGUUUGAGAUGUUCUUAAUUAUUCAUUUUUUUUUAGAAUACAUUUUCUACAUUUAAUUCAACCUAUCAAGCUUCAACCUCGCAAACUA